CCGACGUGGAAGGCGGGCUGGAAAAGCUGGCGCUGGAGUCAGGGACUGGUCUAGGUGCUCGGGCACCGGAGGCUGGGGCUCUCCAACUCCCGGUGAAGCGCAGGCGGCCCCAGGGAUGGGUCCGCGGCUGCGAGGUUACUGAAUCCCUUGGCUCUCUGGGCACCUGAUUUGAAAGGGACUGCGAUGUUGAUCUUCACCGGAAUGUUGCAGGUACAUUGUUGCUGUGAAAAGAAUUGAUCAUGUCAGAAUGAAAAGAAGCUCUCUGUGCAGACUGCUAUCUGUGGAAUCUUUGAAGAAAAGAAGAUAGUGUUCAAUUCUGUCGGGCUCUUUUCUGAAUCAAGCUAUGGUGAAAAAUGUUUCGGAAAGGCAAAAAGCGACACAGUAGUAGCAGUUCCCAAAGUAGUGAGAUCAGUACCAAGAGCAAGUCUGUGGAUUCUAGCCUUGGGGGUCUUUCACGAUCCAGCACUGUGGCCAGCCUUGAUACCGAUUCUACCAAAAGCUCAGGACAAAGCAACAACAAUUCAGAUACCUGUGCAGAAUUUCGAAUAAAAUAUGUGGGUGCCAUUGAGAAACUGAAACUGUCUGAGGGGAAAGGUCUGGAAGGGCCACUAGACUUGAUAAAUUACAUAGACGUUGCCCAGCAAGACGGAAAGUUGCCUUUUGUUCCUCUGGAAGAAGAAUUUAUUAUGGGAGUUUCCAAGUAUGGUAUAAAAGUAUCAACAUCGGAUCAGUAUGAUGUCUUGCACAGGCAUGCUCUAUAUUUAAUCAUCCGGAUGGUGUGUUAUGAUGAUGGUCUGGGGGCAGGAAAAAGCUUAUUGGCUCUGAAGACCACAGAUGCAAGCAAUGAAGAAUACAGCCUGUGGGUUUAUCAGUGCAAUAGCCUGGAACAGGCACAAGCAAUUUGCAAAGUUUUAUCUACUGCUUUUGACUCCGUAUUAACAUCUGAGAAAUCUUGAAUUCUGCAAUCAAGUGGAAAUCAACUUCAUCUGAAAGCUCAGCUGGGUUUUUGUUUUUUUAAGCUCAGCUGUUUUCAAUCCCUAAAGUUGAACUGUUAUGGAAAUAGGUGAGCCCUUGCUCUAGACUUUCUGAAGAAAACACAAUGUAUAAAAUACUGAACAUUCGUUUUUGUAAUAAAAUGUGUUGUUAUACAGUGACUUUACUCUCAAUGAAGUCAUCGACUUUCUCCAAUAAAAAAGAAACACUUGUCAUUUUCAAAUAGAAAUUAACUUAACCCUUAAGUGUCACAGAUGUCCACUCGGUAAAUAGUAAACACUGAGGCCCCAUCUGAGGGAGACGAAUGUGCACCAGGGCCGCUUCUCAGGGAGGCGCAUCACUUGAUUAUAAACAGUGUGGAGUGGGGCAUAGGUUUGGACUGGGGACCUGGGUUCAUGCAGGUGGGGGCAGUGAUGCUGCCAACUUUUCAAAAGCGUAUUAAUAUCAACAUGCUAGUAAAUCUCAAUUUUUUUUUUUUUUUGAGGCAGAAUCUCAGUAUGUUGCCCUCAGUAGAGUGCCGUGGUGCCACAGCUCACAGCAACCUCAAACUCUCAGGCUUAAGCAAUUCUCUUGCCUCAGCCUCCCAAGUAGCUGGAACUACAGUUGCCUGCCAUAAUGCCUGGCUAUUUUUUUUAAUUGCAGUUGUCACUGUUGUUUAGCUGGCCCAGGCCAGGUUCGAACCUGCCAGCCUUGGUGUGUGUGGCUGGUGCCGUAACCACUGGUGCUACGGGCGCCAAGCUGUAAAUCUCAAUUUUUCUCUCAGAGUUCAGAGGACCUUCAAAGAUUACUGCUCAUGCUACAAGAACUGAUGUUUAAAGGAUCUCAUGUGUAAUAAUAUGUUGGUAUAGUUUUUUUUACAAAAGAGCUGUUAAUAUACAACACUUUAAAGAUUAAAAACAUUAAAAAUAAAA